CAACAACUAACGAUGAGUUACGCCAACAGAGAACUUAUUAAAUCAAUUGUUGAUUUCUUAUCAAAGGAAACCACUGAAGGCACUCAAGUUGCUGCCCAAAUGCUCCGUGAUACAUAUCAAAUUCCUUCCGAAGGAGCUAAUACUAUUAAUUUGGAACAAGUUUGGAGAUCAGGUUGCCAACAAUUAAAUAUUGUUGAUAAUUCUAGUGAUGAAAAGUUCAAAGCUUUCAUGAAGCAAUUGGAUUCUAUGGGAUAUUUCAAGAAUACUACAGCAACCGAUACAUAUGAAAUGCGUUAUGAAAAGGCUAAACAUAAAUUCCAAGAAAAGAUGAAGGCACACCAACAACAACAAGUAACACCAUCCGUCGAUGUUGAAAAGGCUGAAAAGGCAAAGGAAGAAGGAAAUGAAAAAUUAAAGAACAAGGACUUUGAUGGAGCUGUUGAAUGUUACAAGGAAGCUAUGAAGUUCAAUCCAGAAAAUCACAUUUAUCCAAGUAAUAUGGCUGCUGCCUACAUUAGUUUGAAUCAAUAUGAAAAGGCAUUGAAAUGUGCUGAACAAUCCAUCAAAUUGAAUGAUAAAUAUGUCAAGGCCUAUCAAAGACUUGCUCAAGCUCAAGCUAAAUUGAAUAAGAAGAAGGAAGCUAUUGCUACCUAUGAAAAGCUCAUUGAAUUGAAUCCAGAAGCUGAAGUUGAAUAUAGAGCCAAGAUUGAACAACUCUCUGCACCUGCUACUGCUGCCAGUAAUCCAUUUGCUGGGCUUGGUGGAAUGGGUGGAGCUAAUCCAUUGGGUGGCCUUGGUGGUCUCGGUGGUCUUGGUGGAUUGGGUGACAUGUUAAAUAAUCCACAAUUCAUGCAAAUGGCCAUGAAUAUGAUGCAACAACCAGGUAUGCAAGAAAUGAUGGGUAACAUGAUGAGAAAUAUGGGUGGUGCAGGCGGUCUUGCAAACAUGUUUGGUGGUAUGGAUGGUCAAUCAGGUGUGCCAAACUUUGAUGAACAACAAAAAGUUGUCAUGAAUCAAAUUUUGGAAGAUCCAGAAGUUCAACAAAGUGACAAGCUCACUAGAAUUUUCACUGCUGCUCGUGAUGAUCCACAAACUCUCGUGCAACAUAUGAGUGAUCCAGAAGUUUCUGCUUUUAUGCAAAAGUAUGCCACUAAAAUGUUCGGUGGAAAUAAUCCAUUCUCAUCAAUGUUUGGAGGUGGUCCAAGAGAUGAUAAUGAUAAGCAUGACGAUAGUAAUAUGUACGCAUAAAUUGAUAAUAAAUUUUGUAAUAACAACAAAUUAGG